AUGACUCAAGUUUUGCAUCCUUUCUUAUGCAAAUUUGUGGUUGUUUACUUUGUUGACAUCUUCAUUUUCAGUUGCAGUAAGGAAGAACACCUUCAGCACCUUCGAGUGGUGUUGGAUGCUUUGCAGAAAAAUGAAUUGUACAUCAACCUUAAGAAGUGCAACUUUAUAACGAAGCGGAUUCUAUUCCUUGGCUAUAUUGUUAGCUUGGAAGGAAUUCAUGUUGAUGACAAAAAGAUUGAGGCCAUUCCAAAUUGGCUUAUUCCCAAGAAUAUCACUGAAAUUCAUAGCUUUCAUUGUCUUGUUACUUUCUAUAGGCGGUUCAUCAAGAACUUUAGUAGCAUCGUCGCUCCCAUCACAGAUUGCUUGAAGAAGAAGAGAGUUCGACAGUUUGUGUGGACUGAAGCUGUAAAUAAGAGCUUUGAAGAAAUCAAAGAUAAGCUUACUUCUGCCCCUACUCUUGCUUUACCUGAUUUUGAUAAAUUAUUUGAGGUUGAUUGUGAUGCUUGUAGUAUUGGAAUUGGUGGUGUUUUGUCUCAAUCUAGAAAGCCUAUUGCAUUUUUUAGUGAGAAGUUGAAUGAAGCUAGGCAGAAAUGGUCUACUUAUGAACAAGAGGCAAGAAAUGGUCUACUUAUGGAACAAGAGUUGUAUGCAGUUUUUCAAGCCUUUUAA